AUGGAUGAAAGCAAUAGUAAAUCCCCUUGUAAGGAAUGCAAAAAUGGUGCCGGUGAAGCACAGUUGCAUGCGGAAGUGGAAAAUCUUCGCCAACAUGUUGCAGAAAAAGAUGCGCACAUUGUAGGUCUAGAAGCUGAGUUUGUAAAGUGCACUGCUAGAGCGAAUGAUCUAGAGGAGCAAGUUGACACUUGGAGAGAGAAAUAUGAGAGAUUGUAUGAUUCACACAAGAGAGUUCAGAAACUGAAUCAAGUACUGGAAGAUAAAUUAUUGCAAAUGGUAGAUAGGAUGAAGAGUGAAAAAAGUCAACUGACAAAAGAUAUUGCAACAUUAUCUGUACGAUUAGCGGAAUCUAAGCAUAACUAUAGUAUGCUGCAGAAAGAAAAUGAAAGAUACAAGAACGAUAUGAAUUUAGCAAUUCAACUGUUGCAAUGCAAACCUGACAAUUUUGUUUCGCAGAAGCUUGACAAUCUCCCCGUGGACACACAGGCGCGGGUGUCUCAGUACGUCAUGUCGAAGGCAUCGAAGCCGGCGAGUUCGAGCCAGUCCAAGAGCGGCAAUGACCUGGACACAUUCGACGCUAGCGAGUACGAGUUCAACAUAUCCGCCUCGCUGAUGUCCAAAAUUCUCGAGGACAGCAUCCAGGACACCCUCACCAAGCACUGCGACACGUGCACGUGCACCAAAACCCAGAACAAGCCGUUCUGCUACAAUGAGAGCUACUACACCGUAUCGACUCAAACGCUGGUCAGCGGCGAAAUGAAGAACUCGCUCUGCCUGAACUGCAAUGCCGAAAUGAGGUCCGUCAAGUCGAACCUAAGCGUCAGGAGUGUCUCACCGCACGGCGUCAAAGUCAUCAACGAGAAGAACAACCCGGCUCUUGGCAUGUACAUAGUGCCGCAGCCUGUAGCAAUGACGGAGAGUAACAAGCAGAAGAUGGAGAAGGCCGCCCUCAACAACAAUAUUAUGGAAGCGGACGCCGAAAAGGAGAAGAACAAACUGGGCAGUAACCUCGGGAACGAGGCGUUCAAGAAAAUCGAAGAGGAAUUGAAGCAGCUGAAGAAAAGUAACACCAGUAAUAUGAAUAUGGAGCCAGCGGUGCACCACAAGCUCUGUGAUCGGACGAAGACUUCGAUCUCUAGCAAGAAGAGCAGUGUUCACAGCGCCGGAAACGAAGAUCUAAUCAUUAAAGAGCAGGCUGCCGAUAAAGACGCGAAAGUAUGUAAUCAGAUCCGUUUGGGCGAAGCUAGUAGUUUGCGGAAAAAUUCCCAUAGUUCUAUGGGCGCAGCGAGUCGCACCUCCUCCGUGGCUAAAUCCACGGUCAGCACACACAAAUCCAACACCCAAGUGGGGCCUGGUCCGAGAUUCUGCCAUCUGCGCAUGCAGGCAGGCUCCAAAAAUAUCCUUCUCGACAACGCUGAGCCAGACGUUCCGCCCGUGCUGUACAGGCGUCAGAGCAAGUCCAUAGAGAACUCUAUUUUUAAAGAUCUACACGAUGACAUGGACAACUUUAUAGACUUAGCGAAGACCGAUGACGCGUACAAGAAUGAGGUGAACAACCACAGUGUAGUAGUUGAGAGCACGCUCAUCGACGUACACGUGGACAACAACAACAGAGACUCGGAAGACUCAAUUAAAACCAGUUCUAUUAAUCCGAUCCUAUUGAACGUGUCGUCUUCGCCCCUGCAACCGUUGAAAACGCACAACUUCUCCAAUAGCUCCGAGCACAACAACAACAAUAACGGCCGAAGCAUCAGCAGCCAACAGCACCAAUCGGAAAUCGAUAAUUUGUUGAACGACUUCAGCGCGCACAAUAAUACGCAGAACAACAGCACUGAGACUGACGCGGGCAAAAAAUACAUCAGCAACAGUGGCGCUGUCGACAACCAGGACGUGAAAAUAUUCAACUUCGACCGCUACGAGCAAACCAAAGCCGGCCAGUUCGCGAGGCCGCUGAAGAAAAUCGACAUGUCGCAACUCCACUCGAUCGAGAAAACAAAAAUCUCGAAGGACUACCCGCCGAUAGGCGAUUUGUCGAGUUUCGAUAAGACCACCGAGGCGAGCGUGAAGCAGGCCAAGUCGUCGCUGCCGGCCAUAGUCAAUGUCUAUCCGAAUCUGACUCAGACGCAUUUGAAGGUGAACGAGAGCACGAAGGUUUUCACCAACGAGCAGAGCACGAGCUCGCUGUCGAGCGACGACAGCGCCGCCCUGUUGCAGAAACAGCAACUGCUGAGGGUCGCCGAGUGGGUGGAGAAGAACCUGGAGCAGCAGAACAGCUUCAACGACCCCCUGGAGGACGAGUGCGGCUUCGCGAACCGCAGCGCACGAAGGGACAGCAAGCUGAGCAGACUCACCGAGACUUUAAACGAGCUCGCGCUCAACAUGCCGCAUCCAGUCAGCAAGUUCUCCAAGCCCUACCCAAGGGACGGCCAGACCAGCUGGGUCCACAAGAGCCUGAACGAGAGCGCCGGCCAGGAUAAAUCGAGGGGCAACUUCAAGGCGACCGGGUGCAUCGCCAAGGAGACCAUAUUCCCGGUGGAGAGCGGUGACGUCACCGUGACAGAGAUCAACGUCGACAACUCGACACGGGCCGGCGCCAAUGACGUAGGCGGGCAGUUGGCGGACGCGUUAAAUUCCAAAUCGGACAAGGAGAUCUCGCCCGAGGAUCUCGCUAGGAUGGAGUACAACGUGAAGAAGUUCCUGCUGAGCGGGCCGCAAUGGGCGAGCGCGGUCUCCGUCGGCAGGAGCAGGCGCACCAGCAGCAAAACCGAGACCGACGUC